UACUGACCUGUGUGAAUACGCGCUAAGCAUUGUGGGAAACGGACUAUUUCCAGCAUGGCACCCGUAAAUAUAAUGAACACGGAAGUGAACUAUAGUAUUUGAUUUUUAUCCAAAACAGACACCAUUUUACCGGCUUAGUUAUAAUAUAGUAUUGUAUGCAUUUUGUGCUUUAAAAGGAGACACUUGUUAAGCCAGUCCAUUAUUGUAAUAAUGAAUAUUAACUAAAUAUUCACUAAACACGUUGCAAUGGCUUCAGCAUCUACCCCGGUUAAAGUUGUGAGGCAUUGUUUCACGUGCAACAGCCAAACAAAAGGACGAUUAAGGAAUAUAAACAAUGUAGCUAUGAGGAAUAUAACGUUCAAGUCACAUUUUGAAGUUUUGGGGUGUGAUUUGGAGGAGGUAAACACGUCUAAAUUUGUUAUGUGUGAAUCGUGCCUGAAAACAUAAGUCUUGAUAAGAUAAAGUUUCUUCAAUGAAAUCGGUUCUGAAGACAAAUUUGAAUGAUUGUAAAUCAGUGCAUGAAAGGCAAAAGCGCAUGAUAUUACACUCUAUUUCGCCGACUGUCAAAAGAUUCGUACAGAACAGACUUACCCCAAUAAAGCCAAGAAAAAGUGUAAAGCAACUUUUUAGUGCAAAUCAUCCAGAGUCAGAUAAAGAAUGUUAUAGGAAAACAAGUACACUUAAAUUAGACUUGCCUAUUCCACCUGAUCAUUUAUACAGUGCAGCACCAACCACCACCUCCCAUGCUGAGCAUACAUACUCAGUGAAGGAACUUAAGGAUAAACCUAAUUCCGAGGAAAAUGUGUCAGUAUAUUUCUUACACAAGAAGAAACUCUUAAGUCCAUUGCCAAUCACUCAGGAGGCAAAAGAAAUCCUACAAGAAACUACUGAGAAUAUGAUCAAUGGAAAGACAAGUGCAGAAGAAAUGCUUGCAGCUAUUGUGGAAAUUCCUGUGAUACUUGAAAGACUCUGGCAAAUCAUUCUGAUGAAAUUAUCUUUUGAAAUGGACCAGCUAUGCAGAAAGACAGAGCCCAGUGUGCUGAGGUUAAAAGUGGGGGACAUUAAGCCUCAGACAUUCUGUCACCAAAUUUUGUUUGAAAUGCAUCAGAGGUGUCCCAGAGCUUUAGACUUCCUGAUGACUAUGGCCUGUCCUGUCCAUCUGGCCAUGCCUGAAGACAGUCGCAUUAUUGCUGGCAUGUAUGCCAUGGCUAUGUACGCGAGAAACAAUCAGCUUAUUGGAUUCCAGAAAUGCAUGGCUGCCUCUUGCAUAAGAUACAAUGCAGGAAAUGGGCUGCUUGGACUUCUGCACACUUUUGGCUUAAGCAUCCCCGAAAAGACCAAGUUGGUUAUGUUAGAUGACCUUGGCAAGAUAAAUGGAAGAGAAGUCACUACUGCUUUGAACCAAGGAAAGACGCUGAAGAUAACAGUGGAUAAUAUUGAUGGGAGAAUUAAAGCCAAUCAGAUUAGGUAUGGAAGUGGUAAUAGAGAUUACCAUUACACUCACUGGUCGGUUAUCAUAGACAGAUUGGACCCUAGAGACCUCGAAGGCCUCGGUACCCAACCUAAGGUAGUUCCUGCUAAAGGCCCAGACGCAACAACAUUCUUCUUGUCAAAGGAAGAAAAAACCUCAUUAAGAAAUUGCUACUCCUGGAUGGUGCAGAGGAUUCUGGUUGAAGAUGUACCAGCACUUUCAGCGUUCUCUUCAGUUGUUCCUACAGUGCUGAACCAUCAGUACAGAAAAGUAGUCGACAGACCUACAGAAGUGUAUCCAAUGUUUGUGAUUAUGAAAGACCCUAAAUCCUUGCCAAAUUGUGUCCAAAUAAUGGACACAAUGUUGGAGACUUUGAAGUCUUUUUAUACAUCUGCUGGAAGAGGGGAAGAAUUUGAGAAUAACACAACCAUUCCAUUGGGUGGUGACCAACUAACACGUGUUACAUUUGACUCAGCACGUCAUCUCAGGGCUGGUACUCACACUCGAAAUGAUCGUCUGGAACAGUUCACACCAGUCAUAGAGGAAUUGUUUCAUGUCCAGCAGGAUUUACUGGAGAAAAUCUUCAAGACAUUCUACAAGACAGAAACUGCCAGAAAGGCUGGCUCCCUAGCCAACUACAGAGCUGUUCUCCAUAGAACAAAUGUAAAUGGUGAUGUAAAAGCUAAUGGAUAUGAAGCCCACAAGGAUAUCCUCAUUACUGUUACGAGAGCUUUGUUAAUAAAACUGACAUGUGAAUCACUUCGGUUAGAAAAACCUGAUGACAUACAGGAAAUGUUACCGACUGACCAUCACGAAAUGACAGCAUCUAACAAAAGAAGAUGGUUUGAAAAAAAAGUCAGCCCAGUUGUUGAUAAGAUAGUGGGUACAUCCUCAGCACCACCGGCACCGGACAUGAAUGUCAUGAUACAGCACAAGGGUACUUUGUAUCAUGUCGCCAUUUCUGCAGAGAAUGCGGGAAAAACCAUCCAGCUCAAGCUAAACGGUGACAUCAUCCAGAUCAAUGUCCCUGCACAGAAAGAAAAUGUUCAAGAAGAAAUGGAAGAUGAUGUCCAAAAGUACAGCACUAGCAUUGUUCGGGUUGCUAUUGACUUUAUGGUGUUCUGUGAAGUGAUAAAGGCAGGAGAUAUAAACAUGAUAAGUAUCUUAAUGAAGCGAUUCAUUCCACUCUUCAUUGGAUUAUCCUCCUAAAAAUCGAAAUAUCCAAUAGAGUGUGUAGAUUUCAUCACUAAAACAGAAUGUCUUUUGUCGGAAUAUGAUAGCGUGCGAGUUAAACUUGGCCUGCUUGUUAAUCGUAAAGGCAAACCAGGAAAAAAUAAACCAGCCGAUAUGCAACAAGAAAACAACAUAAAGCUAGUUAAGCAUGUGAUUAGAGGACUUGGUGCUGGAAAAACAGACAAAGUAAUGAUGAGAGUUUCAAAGGCUGCACCAGUUGUCAGUGAGCUUGUGGCUGGUUUUGAAAGCAGCGGGGCUAAAAGAAAGAAAAGGAAAUCAAAAUCAUUGAAUGAAGACCUGUUUGUCCUAAGCACCAAACUUAGAGAACUAAGACCCUUCAAAGGAAACAGGAGUAGACAGAUGGAAUCCUUUAAUAAACUCUCAGCAAACAUCAUUGGAGAAGUGGAAAAGAAAAAGCUUCAGGAAUUUGUAAUCAGACACAGUAUUAGAGCUAUGAACAAACUUGAUCAUGUUGAUUAAUAUGGUGACUAUUAGCAUGGCUGUUUUUGGAGAAAACCCAAUGUAUUGUCAUAGCCAGCUCGCCGUGUCCGCCGUCCUUGUAAAGGUUUUUAACAUUGGCUCUAAAAUCAAAGUCCUUCCACCUACAACUUUGAAAUUGUAUAUGUAGAUGCACCUUGAUUAAUUCUACACGACACAUCCAUUUUUGGGUCACUAGAUCAAAGGUCAAGGUCAUGUGACCUUUAAAAAAUAUAAUCCGGCAAGCUUUCGCAGCCGAGCGUGGCACCCUUAUGCGGUGCUCUUGUUAAUAGAAUUAGGGUGUAAUGUAAGAUUUUUCCUCCAAUAUUUUGUAGGAGGAAGGGAUUUUCAGACGAAUUACUUUAUCAAAUAAAUGAUUGGCUAGUAAUAGUACAUGUAUGAUGUUUGUCAAAUGAUGCUGCUUAUCUCCUCUAAAUCACAGUCUCCAUAGCAACAUUAUUAUUAAUGUUAACAUUCUGUGAAGUCCUUGUGCUUGGGUGUUUCAUGAUACUUAAAUGCUCGUAAUUUAAUCACUUCAAAUGAUUUAUAUGUCAUAUCAAGAUAAAUGUUAUAUCACCACUUUAAUGAUUGAUUCAUUUCAUGAAUGCUUAUGUUUCUUGUAGUAUAAUAUUGUAUUAUCAUUUUUGGCAAACAUUCUGCAAGGUACAUACAUUUCAUAAAUGUUCACUUUUACAACUAUCUACAUGCAUGCAUAAUCUUUUUACAAUUUUUGUUAUAGUUUGUUGUCCAUGUGUAUUAUAGCGCAUUAUAAAAACAACAUUUGUGGACAUAAUAAAGUAUUCUACAGACAGCCUAGAGCAAAGAAAAUGCUGAUAUCUUUAUUUGCAAAUACAGUUCUUUAGGUCUGUCAUUCCAUGAAGUCUUUCUAUGUUUACAGUUUUACAAAUAUGAAAUACUGUAAAUCCGGGAGAUAUGGCAUUAAUAUAAUAUCUUCUUUGUGUGAAUAAAAUUAGCUUAACCCUUUCAGUGCGGGAACCAAAUUUUGAAGGCCUUUGCAAACAGUUUGGAUCCAGAUGAGACGCCACAGAACGUGGCGUCUCAUCAGGAUCCAAAAUUGUUUGCUAUUCUGAUAAUAUUCUUUGAAAAAAUUCAAAGAAAAUGCUAAUUUUAGAAAUUCAGCAGACGACAAUUAAGCAGACGACAAAUUUCCCAGCAUGCAAAGGGUUAAAUAUGAAGACCGUCAUUGCAUUCCAUUUUAGAGAUCUCGAGUUGUUUUUCUCAAGUAAAAGAUUCAAAUAUUUCAGAUUCCAAUACAGCAUCUUGAACAUACAUGAUGUAUAUCAUUUUUGAUUUAAUAUAAAUGUCUUAAAAUAUUGAAUAAAAAUGUAUGUAACUUAAGUAUGCAUGAGUUAACAGUGAUUGAAUUUCUUGGAAUUAUUAAAAUGUUUUAUCCAU